AUGGCUUCCAAGUCAAAGAAGAUGCCUGAUGACUUCAAUAUAUAUUACCUUCUCAAGGAUGCCCUUUCCUCGGAGAGUUCGGACGAGCCCAUGGACGAGACCCGGGAGGAGAACAACCCCCAGUACCAAGGACUGACUGGCCUUCGCAACCUCGGCAACACCUGCUACAUGAACGCUGUGAUCCAGUGCCUCUGCAGCGUCUCCCCGCUGGUGGAGUAUUUCCUCUCUGGCAAGUAUACCACAUCCCUGGACAAGGAGAAUGGAGAGAUCGCGACGGCCUUUGCCUACCUGAUGAAUGACAUGUGGCUUGGGGACUUCAACUGUGUAUCCCCAGAGGUAUUCAGAUUGGUUAUUGGUGAGCGAUAUCCCGCGUUUCUCAAGAAGACCCAGCAAGACGCACAGGAGUUUCUGAUUUAUGUACUGAAUGAACUGCACGAAGCUCUCAAGAAGUCAAGCAAGAGGAGAAACCAAGGCACCACCUCGACCGCUUGGGAAUCCAGGCCUUCUGUCACAGAGUCCUCUAUAAUCACCCGGCUUUUCGAAGGUCACCUCAGCUACUACAUCAUGUGUUUGGAAUGUCAAACCACCACCUACAAAAACGAGAUCUUCACCGUUUUAUCGCUCCCUAUCCCUUACGAGACUGAAUGCUCGUUAGAGGAAUGCCUGGAAUGCUUCUUCCAGCAAGACAUGCUGACUUGGAACAACCAGAUCACCUGUUCCAGCUGCGGAACGAAGCAAGACGCCGCCGUGAAAGCUAGCAUUGCCAAGGCGCCCAGGGUGGUCAUCUUUCACUUGAAGAGAUUUGAUUGUCAAGGAAGUUACAAAAAGAAACUGAAAACUGACAUCUACUACCCUCUAAACAACUUGGAUCUGUCCCCUUAUAUCUAUCCGCUCUUUCGGAAGAAUCCAAAAUACAGCCUAUUUGCUGUGGUGAACCAUUUUGGAGAUCUGGAUGGCGGCCACUACACGGCAUUCUGCAAACACACCGGCUCCCAAAACUGGUACAACUUCGACGACUCUCGAAUCAGUGAGAUUUCAGAAUCUGCUCUCCAAACUCCUGCAGCUUAUCUCCUGUUCUAUAGCAACCAAAGUUUCUCUGUGCCGGUGAAAAACCAGAAUGGUUAA